AAAAGAAUUACAAUCUUUUCUUCACCAUGGAGAACGCCACUGCUGUGAUCGGGUCACCGCCGCCGCCGCCGCAACCGUUACCGCCUCCCUUUUUUCCUUCGGUGCCGCCGCCCUCCCCUCUAGGUAACGCGAUUAACGACACAGUUAGUCCUCCGUCCCCGCAAUUGAGGCCUUUCUUCGAUACUUCCUUUCUCAUGCCACCGCCGGCGUUCCCUGAUGAUUCGAGGAGUGUCGAUUUAUCCCCUCUCGAGUUCAUUCUCGCUCUAAUGGCAGUCGUUACCAUCCCGGCGCUCAUCUACGCCUUUUUCUUCGCUGUUAAAUGCCCAUCUUGGACUUCAAGACGGGCUGACCAACAGAGCUCCGACGAGUUCUCUACUGACAACAGCGGAGGUGGCGGAGCGGGGGCCGGUGCCGAUCGAGUGCCGGAGCCAGUUUCGGGCGUUAAGUACCAGAAAGAGUCUCACUUGAAGGAAAUUGGAAUCGAGUGCCCGGUUUGCUUGUCGGUAUUCGUCGACGGGGAAGAAGUGAGACAAUUAAGCGCCUGCAAACACGCAUUUCACGCAACCUGCAUCAAUUUGUGGCUCAGCAAUCACCCGAAUUGUCCGGUUUGCCGCGCCACCGUUGCCGUGACGAAACCCAAUGAUACGCCGGCGGCCCCGCAGCAUAGGAGAAGAAAUGAGGAUAUGCAGCAAGGUUUGCCGGAUGCGGCCAAUUUGGUCUGAAAACGGAAAUUCCAUUUUGGUUUUCCAAGGUCCUUAAAUUUGUUCUAAUUUGCAAAGGUUGUAGUUUUGAUCUUUGCUUAGAGUAUUUCAUAGAAAUUAUGAAAUUCAAAGUCAAUCAAAUGCUAUCAAAGAGCCAGAGAAUUUUUGUGUUCUUUUUUUUUUCGUGCUUUUAGUCAGAUCAAUUUCUUCACUUUAAUUGUUUUUUGUGAUAAAAGUUUGAUGCUUUGAGUCUUUGGGGAGAAAUUGAGGGCUUUGAUUCAAGGGAAUAAUCAAUGCAGUUGUAUGCAGCAUGAAUUUACCAACGUUAUCUGGUAAAUAGAUCCUUUUUCACUUU